UUCAUAUUUUUUUCUUUUAGAACAUACUUUCGAGAUUGGCCAGCUCCAAGAAGACCGGAGAGCCAACCAGAGGAAAUGUUGCCGCCCAAGCUGCGUGGUGCCGUCUACAAUUGUCAUCGUCACCAUCAUUGUCGUGACCAUCAUCGUCAUGCGUGUCAUGCAUGAAACAUCUGCGGUCAGUGAUACAAAGGAGAUGGACAAAUACGACCAGACCACAGUUACCCCCACAACUCGCCUGUCUGUAACACGCGGCUGGGUGGAAGAGAACAACUCAACGCGAAAUACCAUGACGACAGCAACUCGCGAAGAACUAAUGCAAAGUCUGGCCAAUUCUUCCACAUCUGACUACUGCGGUAACGUCUCCGUGACGGUAAGUGGGAGGACCUGUCAGCGGUGGGAUGUCGACUUUCCACAUGAGCCCUAUUACAAGCCAGAGGAGUAUCCUGAGUUGGUGGAGAACUACUGUCGCAACCCAAAUGGGGGUGCGUCAGGUUUGUGGUGCUACACAACGGACCCUGACACCCGCUGGGAGCACUGCGUCGACCCUGCCUGCCCUAUUGGUUCAACUCAUCAAACUACCACAGUGACAUCGUUCAACACUACAGGAGCACUGGCUACGUCACCCAAAACGAUGCAGCAGUCAAGUUAUGAUGCUGGACCAACCAUAACACCAGAAGAUUCAAGUCGAGUGACAGUGUCCCCCCAAAUGAUACAGCAGUCAAGUUCUCCAGGACCAACCAUAACACCAGAAGGCUGCAAGGAAAAUUCCAAUGGAUCUGAAUACCGAGGAAACGUCUCUGUGACCAGAAAUGGGAAGACAUGUCGGCGAUGGGAUACCGGCUUAUCACAAUGGCAUCGUUACCGGCCAGAGCUGUACCCUGAGUUGGUGGAGAACUACUGCCGUAACCCUGGAGGAAACGAGCCAGGCUUGUGGUGCUACACAACGGACCCAAACACCCCGCGGGAGUACUGCAUCAACCCUGCUUGUUCUGCAGCGAUGGCAGUUAAAUGGCGACUGGAUGGGCGAUGUGGUGCCAGGUACCCCGCUCCAGAUGCGACUCCUGGUGAAUGUAAUCCGAAUGGCGCCUCGCCGUGUUGCUCUCGGCAUGGCUGGUGUGGAAACAGUCGCAACUACUGUUCCUGCCUUUCAGGUUGUGUAGACUACAGACUCGUACAAACCUGAUGUCAUUUAAACAUAAACAUUUCAACAUUGUACCAAUGUUAAUGCUGAGGAGAUAC